UCGAGCACAUCAGUAUGUUGGUCAUUCUUCUGAACUGUGUCACCCUCGGGAUGUUCCAACCUUGUCAGGAUGACAAAUGCAAGUCAGAGAGGUGCACCAUCUUGGAGGCAUUUGAUCACUUCAUCUUUGCCUUCUUUGCCGUGGAGAUGAUCAUCAAGAUGAUAGCUCUCGGAAUCUUUGGGCAGAAGUGUUACCUAGGAGACACGUGGAACCGCCUGGACUUCUUCAUUGUAAUUGCCGGCAUGAUGGAAUAUUCCUUGGAUGGACACAACGUCAGUUUAUCUGCCAUCCGCACUGUCCGAGUACUCAGGCCUUUACGAGCCAUUAACAGGGUGCCAAGUAUGCGUAUACUCGUCACUCUGCUGUUAGAUACUCUGCCUAUGUUAGGCAAUGUCCUUCUCUUAUGCUUCUUUGUCUUUUUCAUCUUUGGGAUUGUCGGUGUGCAGCUCUGGGCUGGGCUGCUAAGGAACAGAUGUUUCCUAGAUACCAAUUUUCAAAUGACAUACAACUUGACUUUCCUGCAUCCAUACUAUCGGCCAGAGGAAGGGGAGGAGAAUCCGUUCAUCUGCUCGUCCCACCGGGAUAACGGCAUGCAGAAAUGUUCCAGCAUCCCAAACCGGAAGGAGUACAAGGUGGAAUGUACUUUGAGCAUGGACUCUUACAACCAAAACUCAUACACCCUGGACUUCAGCCACCGAAACACCUGCAUCAAUUGGAACCAGUAUUACAACAUUUGCAGGACGGGAGACCUCAACCCGCACAAUGGAGCUAUUAAUUUUGAUAAUAUUGGCUAUGCUUGGAUAGCUAUUUUUCAGGUUAUAACCCUGGAAGGAUGGGUUGACAUCAUGUAUUAUGUCAUGGACGCGCACUCUUUUUACAAUUUUAUAUAUUUUAUACUACUUAUAAUAGUUGGUUCUUUCUUCAUGAUUAACUUGUGCCUGGUUGUGAUAGCAACACAGUUUUCUGAAACUAAGCAGCGGGAGAAUCAGCUGAUGCAAGAGCAGCGAGCCCGUUACCUCUCAAACGACAGCACAAUUGCCAGCUUCUCUGAGCCUGGGAGCUGCUAUGAGGAGCUCCUCAAAUAUAUCUGCCACAUUUUCAGGAAAGUCAAACGGCGGACGUUGCGCCUCUACAACAACUGGCAGAGCAAGCGGCGGAAAAAAGUCAACCCCAACAGCGGAGGCGACGGCCAAGGCCACCGGAGCAAAAAGCGCAUCACCUCCAUUCACCACCUGAUCCACCAUCACCACCACCACCACCACCAUCACUACCACAUCAGCAACGGGAGCCCUCAAGGGCCGCGCGCCAACCCUGAGAUCUGCGACCUUGAGCUGAAGGUCAUGAAACCCGGAAGCCAACUCAUGCUUCCGCCAUCGUCCCCCAACCUCCGGAACUCUGCAGCUCCGGAUUCAGAGUCCGUCCAUAGCAUUUACCACGCAGACUGCCAUGUGGAAGGGGCCCCGAUGAAAUGCAAGUCUUCCAGUGUCCCGGCAGGUAUCAAGCUCCCCAAUCACGGCAACAUGAACUACCCAACCAUCUUGCCUUCUCUGGCUGGCAAAGCCGGUGUCAUCCCAGCGUCGAUAGGGAAGAAAAAUGGUGGAGGCAGUGAUGUCACCACUCCCAUGGCCAUGGUUAAUAGCCCGGUGCAUAUGAACGUGGACUCUUAUGGAAAGCUCCAUCAUUUGGUUGGAGAACAUGGUCUUUGUCGGACAUCCAGCAGGUUGUCCGGCUUCAGUGUGCAAUGCCCCCUACCCAGCCCGCAGGCCAGCAUGCUGAACUGUGAGCUCCAGAACUGCCCUUACUGUGCCAGCAUCCUGGAGGACCCCGAGUUUGAGUUCAGCGAGUCAGACAGCUACGAGUCAGGCGACGACAACACCGGAGUCUAUGAGUUCACACAGGACGUGAAACAUGGGGACGAGCGGGACCAGAUCCAACAUCAGAAGAACAAGAAGAAGAAGAGGAAGAAACAGCCAAAGGAGAGGAAUAAAAUAGCCAGGCUCUGGAAUGCUUUUGGGAACAAGUUGAAGAGGAUAGUGGAGAGCAAGUAUUUCAACCGGGGGAUUAUGAUCGCCAUCCUCAUCAAUACGCUCAGCAUGGGGAUCGAGUAUCACGAACAGCCAGAUGAGUUGACCAACGCCCUGGAGAUCAGCAACAUUGUCUUCACAAGCAUGUUUGCUCUGGAAAUGCUCCUGAAACUACUGGCCUUUGGCAUCUGGGGCUAUAUCAAGAACCCGUACAACAUAUUUGAUGGCAUCAUUGUUGUGAUCAGCGUCUGGGAGAUAAUUGGUCAAUCAGACGGAGGACUUUCUGUCCUGAGAACCUUCCGGCUUCUCCGGGUCCUGAAGCUGGUGCGCUUCAUGCCAGCUCUCCGACGCCAGCUGGUGGUCCUGAUGAAGACCAUGGACAACGUGGCCACUUUCUGCAUGCUGCUCAUGCUCUUCAUAUUCAUCUUCAGCAUUCUUGGUAUGCAUCUUUUUGGUUGCAAAUUCGGCUUGAAAACCGAUACAGGAGACACGAUGCCAGACAGGAAGAAUUUUGAUUCCUUGCUGUGGGCUAUUGUCACUGUGUUUCAGAUCCUCACGCAAGAAGAUUGGAACGUGGUGCUGUACAACGGGAUGGCAUCCACAUCUUCCUGGGCAGCUCUUUAUUUUGUGGCCCUGAUGACCUUCGGCAACUACGUGCUUUUCAACCUCUUGGUUGCCAUCUUGGUAGAAGGUUUCCAAGCCGAGGGUGAUGCCAACAGAUCCGACACGGACGAGGACAGAACCUCCACCAACUUUGAGGAAGAGCUUGAGAAGCUGAAGGAACUCCGUUCCGAGAUGAAGUUGUACUCUCUUGCCGUCACCCCAAAUGGACACCUGGAGGGCAAAGGGAGUAUGCCCCCACCUAUCAUCAUGCGGACUGCUGCCACGCCCAUGCCCACCCCAAAGUGUUCCCCACACAUGGACUCUGUCUACCCCUUUGUGGACUCCAGAAGAGGGAGCAACGCUUCCAUCGACCCGCUGAGCUUCGACCAAAAGUCCUUGUCCAGCCUCCGCAACUCGCCCUGCACCAACUGGGGCACCAGCAGCAACUGGGGCAGCCGCCGCUCCAGCUGGAACAGUCUGGGGCGGGCCCCGAGCCUCAAGAAGAAGAGCCAAUGCGGGGAGCGAGAGUCCUUGCUCUCCGGGGAAGGGAAAGGCAGCACGGAUGACGAAGCAGACAACACCAAGCUCAGUGCCGUCAGCCGGCCGCCCUUGCACCGCCAGGCAGAGUCCCUGGACUGCAGGGGGGCCUUGGAGCUGCCGGAGCUCCUCCACAUCCCUGGUAUGCGCCAUCCCUUGAGCGUCAGCCCCGUGGCAAUGCUGCCCAGCGAGUACCAGGACUGCAAUGGCAAAAUGGUUCACAUGCCCAGCGAGUUCUACCUGCACGUGGAUGGACACAAGGACGAUGCCCUCGACUACGAUGACGACAUGGAGGACAGUUACUGCUACAGGAUUCAUAAGGCCUUGGAACCCUACAAGCCGGAGUGGUGCAAGACCCAUGAAGACUGGUCACUCUAUCUGUUUUCACCUCAGAAUCGGCUUCGGGCCAACUGCCAGAAGGUGAUCGCACACAAGAUGUUUGACCACGUGGUCCUUGUCUUCAUCUUCCUCAACUGUAUCACCAUCGCACUGGAGAGGCCGGACAUCGACCCCAACAGCACGGAGAGGAUAUUCUUGAGCGUGUCCAACUACAUUUUCACCGCCAUCUUUGUUGUCGAGAUGAUGGUUAAGGUCAUGGCCCUCGGCUUCUUCUCUGGGAAAAACACCUAUCUCCAGAGCAGCUGGAAUAUCCUGGAUGGGGUCCUGGUCUUUGUGUCUAUCAUCGACAUCGUUGUCUCCAUGGCGUCUGCAGGCGGGGCCAAGAUCCUGGGGAUCCUUCGUGUCCUUCGGCUGCUGCGCACUUUAAGACCCUUACGAGUCAUCAGCAGAGCACCAGGGCUGAAGCUUGUUGUGGAGACGUUAAUAUCCUCUCUCAGGCCAAUUGGCAACAUCGUGCUCAUCUGCUGUGCCUUCUUCAUCAUCUUUGGCAUCCUAGGAGUACAGCUAUUUAAAGGCAAAUUCUACUACUGUGAGGGGCCCGACAUCCGAAACAUCUCCACCAAAACCGACUGCACAAACGCCCACUACAGAUGGGUCCGGCGGAAGUACAACUUUGACAAUUUGGGGCAGGCCCUGAUGUCUUUGUUUGUCCUUUCCUCCAAAGACGGCUGGGUGAACAUCAUGUAUGAUGGACUGGAUGCUGUAGGCAUCGACCAGCAGCCCAGCCAGAACCACAACCCCUGGAUGCUCCUCUACUUCAUCUCCUUCCUCCUCAUUGUCAGCUUCUUCGUGCUCAACAUGUUCGUCGGGGUAGUGGUGGAGAACUUCCACAAGUGCCGGCAGCACCAGGAAGCGGAGGAGGCCCGGCGGCGGGAAGAGAAGCGCCUACGGCGGCUGGAGAAAAAGCGCAGGAGUAAGGCGAUAUACAUGUCUGAAGCCCAACGGCGACCGUAUUAUGCUGAUUACUGUCCUGCCCGGAAAUACAUCCACACGCUUUGCACCAGUCACUACCUGGACCUUUUCAUCACCUUUAUCAUUGGAGUCAAUGUCAUCACCAUGUCAAUGGAACACUUCAACCAACCCAAGUCAUUGGAUGAAGCACUGAAAUACUGCAACUAUGUCUUUACCAUUGUCUUCGUGUUUGAAGCUAUGUUGAAGCUGGUAGCAUUUGGGUUUCGGAGAUUCUUCAAAGACAGAUGGAACCAACUGGAUCUUGCCAUUGUCCUGCUGUCCAUUAUGGGCAUCACGCUGGAGGAGAUUGAAAUGAACGCCGCGCUCCCCAUCAACCCCACCAUUAUUCGCAUCAUGCGGGUGCUCAGAAUUGCUAGAGUGCUGAAGCUACUCAAAAUGGCCACAGGGAUGCGGGCCUUGUUGGACACAGUGGUCCAAGCUCUCCCCCAGGUAGGGAACCUCGGCCUGCUCUUUAUGCUCCUCUUUUUCAUCUAUGCUGCCCUGGGAGUGGAGUUGUUUGGAAAGUUAGACUGCAGCGAGGAUAACCCUUGCGAAGGCCUGAGCCGGCAUGCGACCUUCAACAACUUUGGCAUGGCCUUCCUUACCCUCUUCAGGGUGUCAACUGGGGACAAUUGGAACGGGAUUAUGAAGGACACACUCCGGGAAUGCCACAGGGAAGACAAGCACUGCCUCAGCUACCUGCCCAUCAUCUCCCCAGUUUACUUCGUCACCUUCGUCCUCAUUGCCCAGUUCGUCCUGGUCAACGUGGUGGUGGCUGUCCUGAUGAAACACUUAGAAGAGAGCAACAAGGAGGCGAAGGAGGAUGCCGAGAUGGAUGCUGAAAUUGAGCUGGAGAUGUCCAGGGGGGUCUGCACCCCAGUCAGAGCCCCCGAUGGUGGCCAGGGCACUUCCAAGCCAGGGUCACCCCUCCUGGUGAAGCAUCCUGCACAGGAGGCUCUGAGCUGUGAGAGUGUCUCUCUAGCCAUCCCUGACUUAGACCUGCUGGAGGGAGGGGAGGAUCCCUUGAUGGAGUUCGCGGCCUUCCACUCUUCUCACCGCCAUCUCCUGACACCCUCCCACAAUGCCCUGGGCGGAGAGGCCGAGGAAGCCGCUACUGGCAUUGGGCAGCCCCAGAACCUUCUAACAGUUCGCAAGAUCUCGGUGGCCCGGAUGCAUUCCUUACCCAAUGACAGCUACAUGUUCCGCCCUGUGAUGCCAGCCAAAAACCCCUUUCCCCUCCAUGAAGUGGAGUUGGAGGCCUAUUCGUACAAGUCACCAAGAGGGUCCAUUACCUCUGUUCGUUCCCAGCCUGUGGGGACUUGCUCUUCUCUGAGUGUUCCACGGGAGGCUUUCCAGCCAACAACCCCGCCUCCUCGACACGAUGGCGGCCCAUGGAAGCUUCCACCUCCACGGUCUCCCAGUCUCAACAGGCUGCUCUGUAGACAGGAGGCCAUUCAGAGGGAUUCUCUGGAUGGCACAAGUGCAGAUUCUAAGGAUGGCAUGCAAGCUGAAGCCUGCAAGAACGUGUCACCAAAAACGCUGUCCCAGAGCAUCCUGGGACCGCCUCUGCUUCACCCAGCCCCCAUGUCUCUGCCUGGGACACCUCCUCUUCCCCACGCUUCACCCCCCAGGCCUGCGAGCGUCCGUACACGCAAACACACAUUCAGUCAGCACAGUAUUCCGAGCAGGCCGUCCAGCCGUAGCAGCAAUCCAGACAGCUCACUCUUCGAAUCUUCAGACCUGGCCGAUGAAGAGGUCAGCCACAUCAACAGUUCUGCAAGGGACUGGGGGGGACAACUGGACAGCAGGGACCAUUCUGACUCUCCCUUCACCUCUCCCGCUCCAUCCCCCAUCCCCCUCAAGAACUGCAGCACAACCAGCCUAGGGGGGAACAGCAAAGAGAAAGACUUGAAGAAGUUUUACAGUGUUGACACUCGAGGGUUCUUGGCCAAGCCAACUUGGGCAGAUGACCAAAGAAGACACUCUAUUGAGAUCUGCCCAUCCAUCGACGACGGGGAUCGUAGCUUCAUAGAGUCAUCAGAGGAGAAGAAAAAAUGCCCUCUCCACAUCCAGUCAGAAUCUGAGUACAUCCACGGUGUUCGGCGGAAAAAGAAAAUGAGCCCGCCUUGCAUUUCUAUAGAUCCUCCCAUGGAGGAAGAAAGCAACACAUCCACGCGUACCAAAGCAUCCGAAAACAGCCUGCUGCGGAGAAGGACCCCAUCGUGUGAAUCCACCGCCUACAGGGACUCCUUGGAACUUGCCGACAGCCAGCCCGGGGACCCAGUCUCCAAGGCAGACCGCCGGGCCCCGCCUCCUUCCCGUGGAGAGCAUUUGACAAUCCCGAACUUCUCCUUUGAGCAGUCUGAUGUCAGCUCCGCAAGUGGUCUCCCGGACUGCCUCUUGGAUCACAGUCAGGCCACGCCUCUCUCCACUGAUUCCCCGCCCAGUGACAGCGUGGCACUGGAACUUCAAAAGAUAGACCAUUUGAAAACUCAGCUCAACAACCCUGAGCAAAGCCAAGAGGCUGUUGGUGGGACUAGAAGCCCUCUACGGAACCACGGACUGGUCCCCGCAAUCACUGCAACAGGCGAGGAUGUCGACGAACCCGUAUAGCUUCCGAGGGGGGAGGUCAAGAGUGAACUUAAGGGCUUUGCCACCCAAGUGGCUUUGAAGUGGAAAAAAGAUUGAAAAGCCACAACUCCGUGGCUGACGCUUAUCCCAAAACACUUGUCUUUCUCUUUAAGCGCUGUGAAGGUUUUUGUUGUUGUUGUUUAAAAAAUUUCAAAAGAGAAGCUGGUUUUUAAAGCAGCAACAAGGUUCAGGGUAAAGGAAAGGAGGGUUUUUUUCCCUUUCUAAGCGGCACACGGAGUAGCUUUUCCUAUUUUUCUUUUCCUCCCCCCUUUCCCCUCCCCCCGGUGUGGCCUCGAUCACAUUGAUUUGGGUUUCGAGCCUUUGUUUUAUCUUUUUUAAAGAAAAAAAAAUAGGAUUUAAAGAAACAAACUUUUUUUGACUUUUUCGAAAUGGCACCUUUUAUUAUUGCACGGAAAGUUGUCACAGGAAGCGAAAAAUGCCCAGGAGAUGCAAGUUGUAUAUUGUCUGUAUAUCAGCAAUUAUAAAUAGAAAAUAAUGUAUUUGAGAAAUAAAAAGAAAACACACACAAACGAGCCACACACACACAAACGACAACAUUCACAUUCACAUAGAAGCUCUUCUCUUCAUAAUGCACAUAUUUUUAUAGGGAACACUGGACCUCAUCCAGCUAUAGUUAGUCACAUCUAAGUCCCACUGAAGCCAACAGAGAGUCCUGUGGCUUUCAAUGGAACUUGCAAUCCAAUCCUAUGAAUGCUUACUCAGAAGACACAGUGGCCCUGAUCCAACUAAACUCCUGCUGAAACCGACUAACUUGCCCCUGUCAUUUUAAGGGUGACUCGUUUUGUCUGCAUUAGACCAGCUUACAGGGCAAUCCUAUGCAUAUCUACUCAGAAGUAAGCACCACUGAGUUCAAUGGGACUUACUCCUAGGUAAGUAUGUAUAGAAUCACAGCCUUUGUGAGUUUCAGUUGGACUUAUUUCCUAGUAUGUGUGCUGAAAGCUGCGGCCUCAGUUGCUAUAAACAUUAGCUGGAUUGGGGCCUGUCAUUCUUUUCUUCGUUUCUUGCAUUAACAUCGGAUUCUCAACUGGGUGAUGUAUUGUCAGAUUCUAAGUGGAAGCUUAAUGACGAUGCUUCUUGUUCUCUCUCAUUUUGACCCUGAUAUACCAACCCCUUGUCUCUCCUCUGCUCUUCCUGACUAGCCAUCCUUCAAGCUUCAGCUUGCAGCCCAUGUUUUGAUAUGUCUCUUCUGGCUCCACCUUUUGCUGUCAUCUUUUUUUGUUAUUAUUUGAUGUCCUCGCUACAGGAAACGAUGAAAACCAAAAUAACUACUGAAUUGUAGCCAGUGCAAUAACAAUAAGGUAUUCUUUCUUCUUAUGGGUACAGAAGCUGUCCUUUUAAAAACAUUUUACAUAUAUUCCAAGUGAUUAUUAUCUUUCUUUUCUCUCCCCACCCCAAUCUGUUUACUUAUGGAAUUCAGGUUAAAUGCUGCAAUAAUCUGAACUUUAAAAAGUGCACAACGAGGGCUGGACGCAAUGAAGGUGAUUUCCGACGUUGACGGAAAAAAACAAAAAACAA